AUGGGUGAAGAAGUUGUGCUAUGGCUUAAGCGCCGAGGGCAGGCGCAGAGACUGCCAAAUCAUCAUCUAAGGCUGACCCCAGACUCUCUGCAAUCAAGCGAUUACGUGGCAACUGCCGAGAAACUGCUCCAGGAAGCAGAACACGCGAUCCUGGCCGAGUGCGGCGCUCGCCGUCACAGGAAGGCCUGGGUGGUACGAUCCGCCUCUAUGCAGCAGGUGAGAGACUCGAUCGACGCCUGCUGCCUCGACAAUGUGGCAUCGCCAGGUGCAGAUUACGUGGCGGUGCAGAUACCAGGUCGCGAGCAACGCAGCUGCCCCGAAUGCUUCACCAGCUGUCUCUCUUCUGGACUCCUCCUGUUGGCUGGCAUCUCGCCGAAGCCUGGCCGCUGCCAGACGGUGCUUCUGAUUGCGGUGCUUUGCCUCGCUUCGAUCCGAGCUGCGACCUGCUGGGCCAAGAUGUUCUCCCAUGAAAGCUAUGGUUUCAGUAGCUUGGAGUGCACAGUCAGAGCUUUCCAGUCCACCUGUGCACUUGCUCUGAUCGCGCAAGCGCACCGCCGCGGCCUCGCCGAGCUCGUGACGAAACAGAUCCGCAGUGCAGCUGGCGAUGACUUCAUGAAGCCAUGGAUGGAUAGCCAAAAGUCGAGUUUUGCCGUGAUCUUGGCUUACCUGCUUCUGCACUUCCUCCACGUUGCCGCCUCUUACAGGCUUUCAGCCCAUUGCGAUCCUAGUGGUGGUCUGUCUUCCUUGUGUGUGGAGUGUGCCGGAGGUCUUUUCCAUGCAGGGUUAGCGCAUUGCACGCUGCACCUCAACAGUUUCCUCAUGCACUACAUGGACUUCUUUGCAGAUGUUUGCAGAAACUCUGCGAAUGGAAUCGGCAAGGCAGAAACAACAUGGACAUAUGUGGCUGCCUUCGCGAGCACCAUCUCCAGGCUGACUGGUGCAGUAUAUCUAUUUGUGAUGGCCUUUGCCGUUCUGGAAGCCGCACCUGCACUGGGGCAGCUUCUGCUUGACGCGGAAAGCCUGAAGCUGGGAUGCGGGUUUCACUGGCUGGUCCCUUCUCUUUCCUCAGCCGCGACGAACCUUGCACUCGCCCUCUAUGUCUGGCGUUCUGCGGUCAAGGUCACGCAGAAGUGUGAAUGCGCCACUUCCUUUGCCAACCACGUGCUGUCGCUGACAUCGUCCUUGCCGAUGGCAAAGCGGCAAGGGCUUGUUCUACACCUUCAGCUCAGUGAUGCUGGUAUACGAGUAAGUGGCAUGAAGAUCACUGGUGCAGUGAUGUUGAAGAUGCUGUCAGUGCUCAUCACGGUAGCCUUGGCCGUUGUGAUGCAGAUCACGUCCUGGAGCCAGCCACGGCAGGAACGACUGCAGAUUGUGUUGAAACAGACCCUUGACGCCGUGAUCUCGGGCUGA